CGCGACGGUUCACAGUCGGGAUGGCACAGCAGCGAUGGACUCGGCUGCUGCCGCUUCUGUUCCUGGUUCUAGUGCUCGGUCAGAAAUGCAAGCUGUCUACGACGGUGACGAAGGCUCCAGGUGUCAUGGUGGACAGGUCACCGCAGCAAGACGGGACGACGUAUGAGUCACCGACCGACUGUCAUUGGAAGAUAUCGACAUUGAGCGCCAACAAAGUUGUGCAGCUCGACAUCGAGCUCCUGCACUUGGACCAGGAUAUGUACAACGACGUGCUGCUCAUCAACUUGGGCGCCGACGUGCCAGUUCCACAAGGAUGGGCUCUGUACACGCGUAACAACGACAUUACGGGGCAAGACUACGUCGGCACGUUCGACUACACGACGACCGUCCCUGGGGCGUGCACGUCGCAACAAGGAAAUGCAUUUGACCCCAUGUCGUGCAGCCUCACGGACGGCACGCUCAUGAACGACCGCAACCGCGAUAGGUCUUGGAUCUACUUUACCGGGUCUGGCGACGGCAACUACCCCAUCACAUUUCUGUCCAUGGCGCCAGACAUUUACAUCAUCUUUCGUUCAUUCUCCAAGUCGUCGUCGUCGUCGCCCGGGGACUCCUCGGACGUGUCUGGCUUGCGCAUGUCGUACUCGUUCGUUAGCGCAUAUUGCGAUGGACUGACGGUGGUGGCACCGCGACUGGAUGCGUCCGACACGAGCAGCCUCUCGACGGAGCUGCAGAUCAAAGACAACAUGGCCGGCCAGACCAAGGCGAACAUGAACUGUUCGUGGCUCAUCCAGCCGUACCGGACCCCCGACGGGUCAACGACCUCUCGCGUAUCGUUUGACUCGAUCUGGCUCGACUUUCGAUCAUUUGACAUCCACGGCGCGUCCAUCGUGUCCAUAUAUGACGGCAUGUCGAGCCAGGCGCCGCUCCUGGCCCAGUUUAUAGAGUCCAACGGGCCCCAAGACACGAUCAAAGCUCCGCACUCGGCCGUGUAUAUCACGUACUUUACCGACGACGGCCCGCCGUCUGUGGGCAUCACAAUUGGAUGGAAGGCGUCGUACUGCCCCAAUGCAUGCAGUGGACGUACCCACGGCACGUGCAUAUUGGGGAUGUGUGAUUGUAACAAGGGAUGGGCGGGAGCGGCGUGCAACAUCCCGGAAGGAUGGCUGUGUGCAGCAGCGCAUUACAAUGCCGGCGAUGGGUGCGACUGCGGCUGUGGGCUCUACGACCCUGAUUGUGGAGCGUUGGACCCGUUGGUCGUGGCAUGCACGAGGUCCAAAUCAGGUGGGGGGCUGCUGUACGAUGGAGCCAUGGGACGGCUCUUCAGUGGGGACUGUGUCUACUGCCCCCUUCCCCCUGUCAUUGCAGAGCAACCGAAACUGCCCAACUUUAACUGGGAACACAACACGUUGGACCAGUCGUGUCCGGAUGUGUUUCAAUGCCCCCAAGGCACGCAGUGCAGUCCCACGGGGCUGUGCACCAAAGUGUCGGACGCCGCCCCCCCCGACUUUACCCUGCGACAAGGAUGUGUGGUCUCGACGGAUUGCCCCGCCGCGACUGUCUGCAACGCCCAGCAAUUCUGCCAAGCACCGUCAGACUACGCCCUCCACUUGACCAGCGCCACGACGGCGGGCGUGUGCUCGUUCUACGGCAUUCCACCAAACACAGACUUUACCAUCGAGCUGCACCUGCAAGUGCUGACUACUCCGCAAGGCACGGACGUGGUUUUGACCUACCCGGGCCUCACGAUCACCCAAUCGUCGAGUUUGACGUUUACAGUCGGCACGUCACCCCCGUGGAACUCCAAGUGGAACGUCGCCGACGGCCUCUGGCACUCGAUCGUGUGGGUGUGGGACAAUGCCGCCGGUACCAUGUCGCUGUUUGAAGUGACACCGGGCACCACCGCCGCUGCCGUUGGACCUGUGGCGUCCACGUCGGGCAUUCCACCAGGGGUGGUGCUCGCCCCCGACCAGAACUUUACCCUCGGGCCAUUGGACGGCGCCCUUUCAUCCUUGCGCAUAUGGACCCAAGUCCGCCCCCCAACAUCGUUCUUCCAGCCAUCCACCGACCGGGCGCACCUCGUCGCAGACUACCGAUUCAUGGAAGGCUCAGGCCGAGACUUGUCGCCCAACCAAAACGAUCUCACUGACCCUAGCCCCAAUCUGCUGCCCUUUGGAUCGUACCCUCCACAAUCGUACUCGUGCGUGGCGUCUCCAUUGGAUAUUUCCACUGGUCUGGCCGUGGGCGCGAUCGUAUCGGUCACCGCCGCGUCGACAAAAGCAUGGACCGUCGGCAUCUUCAGCGCCGCCGACGUCAAUCUCAUUGUUGUGACGGGGACCACCAACUUGGUUGAGAUUGCCGUGGACGGGUCGACUAUCACCUCCAUGGCAGUGCCAGGGGUGACGGCCAAAGCGGCACUGUCCAUUCGACUGACCCGCGUGACGACCACAGCCAUGGAAGUGUGCAUCAACGACGUCUUCUGCGACACAGUCACCAUGUCGACCACCGCGAUGGCUUAUGUGACAGUGAAUGCCGCGCCACGCAACGGCGCGCUGGGCGGGCUUCAGUCGCCGUGCCUUGUCCUCGUGGAUUCGUUGGAGGCGUUGGCCCCGCUCGUGUCGUCUGGACCGACCGCAACGGUCGACAACGCCCAGUGCACGUUUCCAUUUGCCAUGUCCAUUCGCAACUGCAAUUACUUUGCCAAGUACUUGGCCACGAACUCGUACAACGCGGCCACGUUUAGCCCCCUCGCCCAAGCGUAUGCAAUCGCCCAAUUGGACUUGGAGGACCAAGCAUGCCAGUGCGACGCUAUGCCCACGUGGUUAUCCAACUUCAAAGUCAACCAAGUCGACUCGGCGACCCCCACCGUGACCGCGACCGUCGACUACGUCAAGAUCAAGACGACAACCGACAGUACCGCGGCGGGGGCGGUCGAGUGCGCGGCUGGCUGCUACAUGCUCGAGGUCGUGGGGCAUCGGCGGCUGGAUGGUCCCCUUCCUCCACCCCCUCCGCCUCCUUCUCCCCCUGGCCCCCCCUCGGCAACCCCAGCCCCUCCGAGCCCCACACCACCGACAACCGCUGGUCCCACGCCACAGCCAACAUACCCCUCGGGCAACCUCGCAAGAAAGUACAACGUCAAGCGCGACUUUGCCUUUGUCGAGUCGGGCGGGGCGUGGUCGGUUCUAAACGCCACAGACGAUGGCGUCGUUGGCACCGAGACAUGUCUUGUCACAGGUCCGGAUACAUCGCAAGUGAACCAAGCCCUGACCGCCUUCCAGUGCCAGACAAGUGGCACCACCACGUUGGACGCAGCACCUCCCCCCCUUGCGUACUGCAUCCUCAACAACACCAAAGCCACGUGUCAAAGCGAUAACCACGGAUGCUCCCUCCCCAAUGGCUCCACAACGUUGACGUCGUUGGCUGGGUCGUUCAGCGACAACUACCGCGCCAGCAUUACCGCCGGAGUGCACGUGUGUACGUACAUCGUCCAGCCCGCGGUCCCGCCGCACCUCCGACGGUUUGCGAAUUUGUCGUAUACGAUUCAAACGGCCGACUUGUCUGCGAACGAUGCACUCGUGGUCACAGAUGCCAACGCUAGGCCACUCUUAUUCCCCAUCUCUGGCCCCGUCGCGUUCCCAGAUUUGCCCAUCCAGUCAGUCGUGCCAGGCACCCAAGCCACGUUUACACUACGCACAUAUGGAGACAAAAGCUCCGUCUCGAACGACGGGUUUGUCGUCGAGUUCGACACCGUGUACACGUUUGCAGAUGUCGCGACGUCGCACUUUUGCAAUGCGACACGGUCCGUCGUGCCCGUGACGGAUGUGACAGUGUUUCCCACGUCGUCGUUUUCACCUUCUUCCAUGGCUUUUCCAACACUCGGCGACUGCACGUACGUGAUGCAAGCGCCAAACGCAACCUUCUCAUCUAUUUGGUUGAGCUUUCUCGACUUUACCAUGGCUUCUCCGUCCGACCGUAUCGAAGUGUACGGCGACAACAUGACGCUCUUGGCGUCGGUCACCAACACCACGUUUGCGUCUCCGCAUUAUGGCGUCGUGUUCAACGGCCUCGCCGACUACGUGCUGUCGUCGUACCCGUUGCCCAUCCUCCCCGCGUCCAUCUUGUUCUGGAUCCAAGUGCCCGCGACACUCAAGAAAGACUGCUCCGUCGCCUCAUCGUGCAUCAACAACGUUGCCAAGCGCAUGAAAGUACUCGGCACCGAGUUCACCCCGGCGUCCCCAUCAUGUGCCAGAUUCAACGUGGAAUUGGACGUCGACACGGGGUACCUGAGCAUGUACCUGAAUGGCGCGACGUUCGUGCUAGAGCAAGACGUCCGGCAAGGCACGUGGUUCCACAUCGCGUUUGUCUUUCGUGAGCUCGACAACGACAUGCUCGGGUACGUGAACGGGGCACGGGUGGCGCUGUCGACCGCGUCCAACUACGACCCCCUCCUCGGUCCGUGUCCGUCAAACGUUCUGUUUCUUGGCGGCCAGCCGUCGCUACCAGACGACCGGAACGUGCUCUUCAACGGCAUGUUGCGCCACAUUGUGCUGUUUACCGAGCCCAAAACCAUCUACCAAAUCGGCCGUCAGAUGACGCGCAAAUGCGAUGCCACCGACCCCACCCUGUUGUUGUGCUAUGCGUUCACCACUACCGACACAUCGAACGUUGUGGACGACAGUUCCGUGGCGCUGUUCGGCAGGUUCCACGGCACAACGUUCAGCACACAGGCGCCGCUGUGGCUAUCGUCGUUGCUGUACAAGACGUUCACGUCUGCGUCGGCCCACCUCGUGCUUCGGUUUGUGUCGUCCGCCCCAAACUCGACCUUUCGAUUCAUCGCUACUCCCAAAGCCUGUCCUGUCUGCGGCGAUCAUGGAGUGUGCCGGCGAGGGCAAUGUCGUUGCGACGUGGGGUACAAAGGCCCCGCGUGCAACGUCAAAGUGGACGCGUGUGAGCCCAACCUCGUGCUUCCGUCGACCAAUGGCGUGCUCCUGUUUCCUUCCACCGUCCAAGCACCCGAUCAGUUUGUGCCGCCGUUUCCCAUUGACGGGUACCCCGCCGCGCUCGACUGUUCGUGGCACUUGCGCAAGUCGAGCUCGAAAAUGGUGCUCCUGUUCACAGAGUUGGCGCUGGAUGUCGGCGAUUCCCUCGCCGUGUACGAAGGCCGUCGCGUGACGCCGACAUACUAUGCGACCCACAACCUCACGGCUGACUUGGCUAUGACGCGGGCGUCGUACUUUAGUCGAGGCCAGUACGCGUACACCCAAGUGAUCUUUAAGAACGUGUCGAGCGUUGCCGCCACGGCCGUGCUGUGGCCAGUAGUGGCGGCGCCGCAGCCUGGAACAUGCUCCAAGAGCUUCCACAUCGUCCAGUUCCGUCGGGGCAGCGUGUGCGUGGAUGGUUCGUCCGUGGGCCUGAACCGCAGCUGGGCGGCGCAGCUCGUGUCUUCGUAUUGGUGGCUGCAGUCCCCCGAAGCGUUUUCGACCCAAAUCACGCCUCUCCAGCUCGUCUUUAACGACUACGCGACUGACACGGCCAACGUCACGGUCGAGUACUCCAAGCUGUUGCUCGGUCAAGGCAAGGUCACCCACCCCCUCCCUGCCAUGUUUCACUUUCGACGGCGUACGCAACCGUUCGACACGUGCCAAGACGGACGCGACGUCGGGUUGGAGACGUCUGCUACGAUCGUCACCGCCACGGGCCUGCACAAGUUUACUCGCCCGAAUAUAUCGUCUGGAUGGACUCGACAAGCCAACGUGGUUGACCCCCCCGUGUUUCAGUACGCUGGCGCGUGGUCGUUGGAUAUGACCAAGCCGUUUUCAGGAUUGUUUCGAACGCCUGGGUUUGUGGCACAAGUAGGGGCGGCGCCAUUUACGAUAGUCGUGCACACGACCGUGGUAUUGUCGGCCGACGUGCAGUACCUGUUUGCCCAGGAAGAGAACAAUGCAAACUCCAUCUUCCUCAAGAUCUCAGAGUCGAGACGGGGGUUGGGACAGUGGACAUUUGGCGCGUACGCGUCCAAUGACCGACCCACGGCCGCGAGCCCCGCAUCGUUUUCUAGGGAUACAGUCAUGCUUGCAAUCACCGUCAAUAAUGGCGUCGUGUCGUACUUUGUGAACGGGCUCUUGUUUGGCAUUGACGACACCAACACUGCGUAUCAAGCGUGUGUUGACCAGUGCAACGCCGACGGAUGCGAUAGUUCGGCAUGGGAAUGCCGGAGCCAGGUACCCGUGGGAGCCUUCAACGACCCGAGUCGCCUCGUCCUGGGCGGGCGGUUCCAAGGCGCCACCGUCUUGAACGCGUGGAAAGGCCAAAUCUUCCAGCUGACGGUGUACGAUCGGGAGCUGUCGGACGCAGUCAUCGCGUCGCUCUACACGGGCAUCGACGCUGUUUCGACCGUCGUGAGUAAGACCGUCGUCAACUCGCUGUGGUCCCCCACCAUUGCCGAAGUCAGCACCAUCGAAGUGCUCAGCGUCCCCGUGGGCGUCACUCGGGUAUCGUCCACACUCACCCGCCGGUGGCAACUCCGUCGAUAUGGCUGUCAGGCGCCGAUGCCGUCGCUAGAGCCAUCCCGGCUCGCUGUGCUGCUGAAUGUGUCGUCGUUGGCUACAGUUGUGUACAACGCCUUGGACGACACGGCCGCAUUGGUCUCGUGGUCGACACCAACAUCCCCAUCGACACUGGUGCAAACGUCGCUGGUUCGAUCCAAAUUGUACGGGUUCAACCUCACCACGUCCUUGAUUGUGGACUUGCUCGUGCAGUACGGUGUGGCCACUGACAAUUUCCCAUACAUCGUCACGAGUGUGUACGUCAACGCGAUCUCGGCCACGUCGGCUUCGAUUGGGUUUCACUUUACAGACGCCCAGCGCAACUCUGUGGACGCCACAGCCACGCUCUUUCGAGCCAACAACACGUGGCACCCCCCCGACUGGGUGCACCGGUUGGUCGUCCCGAUCUACGGCGAGGUGCCGCCCUCGAAAUGCCGCGAUGACCGCAACAAUUCAGUCGCCAUCACCUACACGUCAGGCGUGCUGUCGGACGGCGGCGCCACCGAGUCGGCCAUCGUCGCCCCCAACACUCAAUGCUCGUGGUUGCUUGUCGCCCCCGCGGGGGAAUCCAUCUUCAUCUCGUUCACGUACUUCCACGUCGAGUGCGUCGAGGGCGAAGUCACGAUAGACGACAUGGACGCGCACACGUCGACGCCUCUGUGUGGGUUCCAAGGCGGGUACUCCAACACGUUUGGCGCCAACGUGCGCGUGGUAUUCCGCAUCGGGUCGCCCCCCACCGGUGGCCCUGGCAACCACCCGCUGCCCAUGACAAGCACGGGGUUCUUUGGCAUGUACGUGUUCUCCAACGACAACACCAACUUGAACACGGUCGAAGUGCCCGUGGCGUACACCCCCUGGACGAUCGUACGGCCAGCCGAGGACGAUGUGGUAGUUGCAGGGUCGACCAAGUGCCAGCUAGACACGACAGACGAAUCAGUUUUGAAUCCAUGGCAAAUCGCCAGCUCGUUGAUCGUCCCCUACCUUGACGACAUUUGCUACCAAUCGCAGUCGAACGCGGCGGAUUUUGAGUGGGAAGUCACAUCCCAUGAUUCAAGUGCAGGUGACACCACUACAUGCAAAGACAACAACUGGACCACCGACGAAAGUGUUCCGUGGAGUGCCGUGGCGAUAGACAUCGUCGGCGGCACGGACCGAUACGUUGACCCGCCUUCGAGUGUGUACCACGCCCCAGCCUUCACGUACACGAAAUCAAACCAGUCGUUGGCCACGACGUACAUUUCAGAGCGCAAUGCGCUUGAAUUCCGCGUGCAGUCGCCGUUAGGAGGUCGCGGUCGCGUUAUGAUCGAGUACUAUAUGCCCCAGACGUUCUACGUGGCCCCGGCGAGCUACCAGGGCGUGGACGGCAGCAACGGCGACGGAUCGCGUGAAAAGCCAUACACAUACUCGUUCGAGUACUUGGUCACAAACGUGUUGGCGAGUGGCGACAUGAUGCUGUUGUACCCUGGUCGGUACGAAGGCCCGGGGUACUGCAACUUGGUCAUGACCAAGGCCGUCGUGAUUGAAAGUAUCAGCGGGGCCAAGUGGACGACCCUCGACUGCAACGGACUCUCUAGGGGAUGGCAGCUCAAACAUGCAUCGGGGAUCACGAUUGUCAAGGGCCUCACGUUUACCCGUGCCACGGUGUCCACGAGUCCGUUUACAGGCGCGGCGGUGUUCGCGUCCGGAGACGUGCACAUUGAAGCGUGUAGCUUCGACAACAACGUGCACCGGGCCCAAGGCACGUUGGCGUUCGUGUCUCCAAGCGUAUCGACAGUACGAAACUGCUCGUUUACGUCCAACGUGGGGCUCAGUGGGGCGGCGAUCGCGGUGCUGUCGGCUUCAGCGUCGUUGGAUUCGAUUCAAGCGGUGGACAACUACGCGACGGUGUCAGGGGCUUUGUUUGUCAGUACGUACGUGGAGGGUACGAGUAUGGCGCUGUCGUCCCCGUCUCGAGUGACCAUGAUCAAGUCGGUGUUUGUUCGCAACAAGGGGCUAAAGGAAGGCGCGGUGACCAUCACCCGCGCCAGUGUGGUGUCCAUGACGUCCAAUCAGUUCACGGCAACAUUGGGCCCCGCCAUAGCCGUGGAUGCAUCCACGUUGACGUUUGACCACAACCUGGUUCAAUCCAGUCUUGGCUCGGGCAUCGUUGCUACGAACGGUGCUGUCGUUGCUGCAACGUACUCGACGUUUGCGAGCAACUCGGCCAAGAACGGAGCCGCACUGUCGCUGGACACAUCAGCGUACCAAGGACGUAGCAAUAUGUACCAGGGCAACUCCGCCACGGUGGCAGGGGGCGCCGUCUUCGGCCAAGCAUGCCAAUACACUGAACUCGACAGCUUGUUUGUGAGCAACGUUGUCGGCAACGCCAGCCUCGGCGGCGGGGCGCUAGCAUUCACGUCCUGCAACAGCGCCGUGGACAUUUCAACCGUCCAAGUGCUCGUCCAGCGCUGUACAUUUGAAAACAACUCGGCAUCGUUCGGCGGGGCCAUCCACCUCCGAGACGUCCAUGCGUCGAUCGUCGCCAAUCAGUUCGUUGGGAACGCGGCUGGGCGAUUCGGAGGAGCCAUUCGCGUCGCCGACUGCAUGAGCCAGCGCGACGAGGUCGCGGUCAACAUGGCCGGCAACGCGUUCGAAAGAAACGUGGGUGCCCGCGGGGCGGCCGUGUACGUUGAAACGUCCGACGUGCUUCGCUUGGACACGAACUCGUUUAUCAAGAACGCUGCGGCGUCGUUUGGGGGGGCGGUGGCGCUGGUGUCGGCCACUCGGGUGCUGAUCCUGUCAUCUAUGUUCCUGCGGUGUGUGGCCAGCGGCGGCGGCGCCAUCUACGCCACGGCCGAGUCGAGUGUAGACAUUUCCAACUCUGGGUUUGAAAUGUGCUCGAGUCGGUCCAACGGCGGCAGCUUGUACGUUGACAACACCCAGCUCGGGCUCACCAAUGUGUGGGUGCAAGGGGGCAUGGCGAGUGGCAACGGCGGCGCAAUCGUGCUCAUGUCCCAAGGCACGUCUAUCCGCGCGACCAACUUGACGAUCUCGUCGACGUCGGCCAACAAGGGCGGCGCGUUCUACCUCAUCGACUGCAGCCUUCCACCCGGUCAAGUGUCAGACGUUUCCAUCGUCAACACGUCCGCCGUGACCAUGGGCGGCGCCUUCUACGCGGUGCUCGUGUCUAUGGAGCUGUCCCGCCUCACGACCACCGACACGACCGCGGCGAGUGGGGGCAUGAUGACGCUGGAGGACUCCACCGCCACGCUCGUGGACUCGACGGUCGCGCACUCGACGGCGCUCAAGAACGGCGGCGCGUUCUACGUGAUCAUCUCGACGUUGUAUUUGAUCACGUCAUUGCUUGCGGACAACCAAGCCAUUAACUAUGGCGGCAGCGUGUACGGGUUUGCAAGCCAAGUGACAAUGGCUGACUCGGCCCUGGAACGGAGCGCGUCCGAGUUUGGCGGCGGAGUGUACGUAUCGUCGUCCACACUCGGCAUUGCCCGGUCCACGAUCUCGUCUAACAUGGCAGACAAUGGCGGCGCGUUCUACGCCGACUUGAGCGAUGUGCAUGUGGACGAGUCGACGUUUGACGCGAACGCGGCGACUACGGGCGGCGGCGCUGCGUACAUUUCCAGUAACGUAGCGGUACUAACCACUUCAGUGUUUACAAACAACAUGGCCAACCAAGGCGGAGCGCUGUGCCUGUCUCAAGUGACCCAAGUGACACUGGACGCGUGUACGUUCGUAAGCAACUCGGUCGCGAACGCAGACACUACCAGCCUUCCGCUGCUUGGCGGCGCCGUGUACAUUGACCGCGUGGAUGAAACCUCGACCGUGGCCAACUGCGUCUUUCAAAACAACUCGGCCGACAGCUUGGGCGGCGCCGUCUACGCGGCCGCGUCGACCCCAUUGCUAAAUCCCCCGUCGCUGCUUGUGACCAACUCGACGUUUCAAUCGAACCGCGCCGACUCAAGCGGCGGCGCCAUGUUUCUCGAUGGCUUCCAAACGGUAUUUGACUCGACGUCGUUCGCGUUGAAUAUGGCGACAAGGGGCGGCGGCGGUGCCAUCUUCUGGCAAGGAAAUACCGAACCCGUGGGCCUGCCUCGGCAAUCUUAUUGGGCAAACGAUGCCGUGUACGGACCCGACUUUGCGUCCGUCCCGGUGGCCCUUCGACCUCUGUACACGCCGCCGCCGUCUGCUGUGGCGGGUCAGUUGGGUGGUGAAGGCAGCGCCCAGCCGUUCGUCGGGUCGUUCGUUGUGCACGUCGUGGACAAGUACUUGCAAACAGUGGCGACGGAAAACUCGAUCCAAGUGACGCUGGAAAGUACCACCGCGGGCGCGUUCGUCACGGGCACGGCCAAAGUCACAGUGCACGACGGCGUGGCCAACUUCACCAAGGCUGGCGUCCAGCAAAUGCCAGGAUCCAAUGCGACUGUGGCCGUGUCGGCGUCGGGGCUGGUGGCGCUAACGACGGUAGAGUUGCACAUUCGGCAAUGCGUGCGCGGGGAAGUGACGCCCAUCGGCGUCCCUCAGUGCGUCAAGUGUCCGUUUGGCCAGUUCAGCUGGAACACGACUGACACUGUGUGCCAUCAGUGCCCCACGGGGGGCGUCUGCGGCGGUGGCGACUCGAUCGACGCCCUCGACGGGUUCUGGCGCUUUGAAAACUCCACGGGGGUGUGCACCGACCCUUCGUACCCGUACGACGGAUGCCGCCUCGGCACGUGUCUGGAUGCGUCGUGCAGCGGGUACACCAAGGGCGACGUGUCCGCCACCGUGCGACUGGACGGGCCCAAUCACACGAUGAUCCUGACCAUCCGAGCCGACACGAUCGAGUACCGCGCCAACGACACGCUGUACGUCCAAGGCGAAGAACUGCACGUGGUGGCCACGGAAAAGAUUGGCGACUCUACUGCCUCGUACCAACACCAAGUGCUCGUCACGGGCAACACCUUGUCCACGACUGGGGCGGUGGACAUUUACAAGCGAGGGAAGGAAAAGUGUAAGGCUGGGUACAUGGGGAACCUUUGCUUUCAGUGCGCUCCAGGGUACACCCGAAGCGGCAAGACCGCGUGCACGUCGUGUCCUGCGAAUCUGACGCUCACGGUGGUGGUGCUCGUGCUGGGAGUGUUUGGCGUGGCGGCGGUGGCGAUUGUGCUGAUCAUCAUGACGAUCAACAAGUCUCGGCAAAAGGCCGACUUGUACUCGAUCCUGACCAAAAUCUUCACGUCGUACCUGCAGCUUGUGAGUCUGGCGGGGUCGUUCGAUCUGCAGUGGCCGCAGCAGGUCAAAGCCAUGUUUGCCGGCCAGAGCCAGAUCUCCAAUCCUGGCGACAAGCUCAUCUCGAUCGAGUGCCUUAUGGACCAGUACAAGCGCACGAUGAUGGUGGCCACUCCGUUGUCGUCGCUGAGCAACUACUACAUGCAGCUCCUCGUGUUUCUAUCGUUGCCUGUGUGCGCCGUGGUAUUCCCGAUGCUGUUUUGGCGGCUGCGAUUCCGCCUAGCAUCCCGGCGCAUUCUCCGUCGAGACUGGGGCUUGGCCCUCAAUGCAGUCUUGGGGCGGGGCACCGGUACAUACAGUAACUUACUCGUUAUACCAGCUAGCUAGAUAUGUUUGUGCGUGUUUGCAAUACAUCUAGAUAUAUUUGUGAGUGUUCCAACCUCCCUGUUCGACAUUCUGGAUGCAUACAUAGGGUCUGACGCGAUGAUCCAGAACGACGAACUGCUGGACGUGCUGCUAGCGGUGAAGGAAUCCCCGAGCGAUAUAGUGCUAGACUAUGUCCGAUCCAUCAGCCACAUUGGCGACGAGCCCCAAGCGCUGUCCACGGUCAAAGCAUCGUUCCUCCAAGCCACCAAAGAUGAAAUGCGCGAUAAGACCGUGCUCAGCAUCAUCGUGCUCAUGUUCCUCGUGCAUCCUGGCCUAAGCAACCAGAUCUUUCAACUGUACACGUGCACAGAGUUGGGGUACAACGAGCACGGAGACCGCCUCUUUUUUCUCAAUCCUGACUUGGACGUGCAGUGCUACGACGCGACGCACUACAAGUGGAUGCUCUUUGUGGGCAUCCCCGGCCUCGUGCUGUAUACGCUCGGGAUUCCGUACUUUGCCUUCCACCAACUCCGCCGCCGGCGCCACGAGCUCGACCAGCCCCGCACCAAGCUCCAGUUUGGGUUCCUCUACGAUGGGUACAAGCUGGACCAUUACUACUGGGAGAUUUGGAUCAUGAUGCGCAAGAUCCUCGUGUCGUUCAUAUCAGUAUUUCUCAAAAACUGGGGCACAGCGCCGCAAGCCCUGGGCGCGACGGGGCUUGUGUUCGUUGCGUUAUGGGGACACAUGGAGACGUGGCCGUACGAAGAAGCGUGCGUGAAUGGACUCGAGCAGAAGGCGCUGCUUGCGUGCUUGUUUACACUGUACAUGGGGCUGUACUUGCUGCAGCCAGAAGUGACCACCGUCACCCGCGUCGUCAUUGGGGCGUUUAUUAUCACGGCCAACGGGCUGUUCUUGGUCGUGUUUAGCCGGCUGAUGAUUGUCCAAGUCAAGCAAAAGGCUCAGAACGCCCUAGCCCAAAUGGCCAACCAGAAGUACGUGUCCAUGGCAGUCAAGAAGAUCCGAAACAAGAGCUCUGCCAGCAUGCCGCCCCGCCCCCCCUCGUCCCCCAAUGCACACCUACGCAACUCCAACGACUAUGUUGUCGCCCCCGACCUCUCCACGGACACCCACGUGCAGCAAAAGCUAGACAAGACCGAGAUCUAACCAAGUCUUAUCUUAUACUACCAACUCGAUUCCAACAUGUUUACCACCA